UUUGUAUCAACAAUGGGCAAGAUGGUUGUUGCUUUGCUCCUCCUUUUGGCCCUCAUGCUUUCCAUCAAUGAAAAUCGAGUGGCGGUAGAGGCAAAGAUAUGCGAGAAGCGGAGCAAGACGUGGUCGGGGUGGUGCGGGAACACGAGCCACUGCGACAGGCAAUGCAAGAAUUGGGAAGGUGCCAAGCAUGGAGCUUGCCAUGCCCAAUUCCCUGGAAGAGCUUGUUUUUGCUACUUCAACUGUUGAAAACCAUCAAACCCAUCAUCCCUUUUCUUCAAACUUUGUGUCAUCCAGUAAAUAAAAUCGGUUCAGUUUACUUCUGAACUGUGUUUUCUUUUAUAAUAAGUGCUUUAUGGUGUGUGGUGGUUCUCUUUUAAUUAUGUAUGGUGUGCUUAGUUAUUCUACUUCGUGUUAAUGUUCAAUAAAAAACGAGUCGUUAUUCUCUGUUA